GAGGUCAGAAUAACACACACACACACACACACACACACACACACACACACACACACACACACACACACACACACACACCGGUACACCUUCAUACCUGUGCCCACCUAAAUUUAUACCUGUCCUUCGGGUAGUAACAUAUAUACCUAGGUCACUCCACUCCUGCGUCAGUGUGCUGGUGUUGGUGUUAGUGAAGAGAGGUGCGUGCGUGUGUGUGUGUGUGAAAGUGUGUGUGUGUAGGAGUGGGUGUGCUUAGGGGAAGGGACGAUACACCCGUUAGAAUCUUGCCUACCUGCCGAGACGCCUACCUGCCGAGACUCCUACCUGCCGGAACCCUACACCUGGUGGACCCUUACCUGACUCCUAAUGGUGCUGAUAAGGCUGAUGAUGAUGAUGAUGACCAGAACCCCCACCUUCCUCACCCUCUGCGUCCUUCCUCUCCUCGUCCAAGUCCAUGGCGCCUUCGACUUUUGGAAGAGCGAGAUAACCCUUCGGAAUCAGGUUUUUGAAGGUUAUGACAAGACUAUACGGCCUGCCCUCAAUGUGUCUGUGGUGGUGAGGAGCCUGGAGGUGAAAGACAUGGAAGUGAAAGAAGACGCUCACAGCCUCCUCCUGCACGGCGCCCUUCAGCUGACAUGGGAGGACCCGCGUCUCAGGUGGAGCCUUGAAGACCACGAGGACCUGGACCGGCUCGGCGUGGACCCCCAGGAGUUGUGGCGACCUGACCUGGCUGUCUAUAAUUCUCCCAACGCUGUGGCCUCGAGGUCACAAAUGCCCGCCCUGGUGUACCCUGACGGUGUAGUGGUGUUCGUGCCCCCUGUGGACCUCCCCCUGACAUGCCUGCUUGACCUGACCUACUGGCCCUACGAUGUGCUCAACUGUUCCUUAAGGGCAGGCUCCUGGGUACAUCACGGCCACAUGCUGAACCUGACCCUUGCGGAAGAUGCCCUCAAGUUCAUGCUGUCGAGGGGCGGCGAGAUAGAGGGUAGCACCAGCACAAUCAGCGAGCCGGAGUGGGAGGUGAUCUUCGCUAACCUGACGAGGCACACCCAUCACCUGCCUUGCUGCACUGAGCCCCAGGUGAUGCUUGCCAUGGAGGUAGUGGUGCGACGCUCUGCCCCGGCCAUCACCUGGGUCAUGAAAACACCGGUUGUAUGUCUGUUCGUGAUGACAUGCCUGCUGUUCCUCUUACCGCCGAAGGGGAGCGAAAAAGUUAUGUUCGGUGGGCUCUGCGUCCUACUCAACAUUCUCUUCCUCGGGUUUGCCACCACAAUAGUUUACAAGGACCCCAUGCACACGCCCCUCAUUGUCCAGUUGGUGAUGCAUCAGGUGGUGUUGACGGUGGUGAGCGUGGUGAUAGCCGUUCUGGUGGUGAGGAUGGUCAAGACUCAUCACGCGUACCGCCUACCUCACAUCCUCAACAAGCUGACAUCGAUCAUCUCCCCCAUACUCUGCCUCUCCAGCUGUACCAAGCGAAUCCCUUACAACCCCCUAGACUACGCCAUGAUCGUCAAAUCAGAACAAAUAGAACUGGGCGACAGAACGGAAGGCGAGACUAGCAAAAGGGAGUUCCCGGAGGAUUCCAUAGAGUGGGUCGUUCUUGCGUCCGUGGUUGAUCGCCUUGCCCUCAUCAUGUACGUGGCCGCCUGUGCUGUCACCCUCAUCCGCUUCUCACCCGUGCUUGGAUGAUGGGUGAAAGGUGGAUGUAUGUAGGUGGAUGAUGGGUGAGAGAUGGAUGAGUUGUGUGGUUUUUGGGCUUCGAUGUGGAUGUGGGUGUGAUUCUGGAGUUUUGAAGUGUGAUAGGCUAUUGGAGGCUAUUUGGAGUUAGUUCUUUUGUUUCUUGUUAUCUGUUUGUGUGUUUGUGGGUAUGAGUUGUUUAGUGUGUGUGUGUGUGUGUGUGUGUGUGUAUUUGUUAGUGUGUGUUUGUUAGUGUGUAUUUGUUAGUGUGUGUGUGUGUGUUUUAGUGUGUGUGUGUGUGUGUUUGUUAGUGUGUGUGUGUGUGUGUGUGUGUGUGUGUGUGUGUGUGUGUGUGUGUGUGUGUGUGUGUGUGUGUGUUAGUGUGUGUCUGUGUGUGUGUGUCCCUUCCCGCCAGUUCACACAUAAUACUCCUUAAGAAUAUAUGUAUAGCUUUGCAUAACUUAAUUCUCUUUCUUUUUAUAUAAUAUACAAGAUGCUGAUUAAAAUUUUUACUAUAUAUAUUGCACUUAAGGUGAAAGGAUAACUGAUGUAAUAUGCCUCAGUAACAUAACAAUAGAUGCAAUGAUUAUAUUUAUGGUUAUGUAGAUUUAUUGAAGAAAGAAGAAACUCAAUUACAGAAGCUAAAUAUUAUAAGAGAAUGUGUUUUUUUAAGUUAAUGCAUAUAUUAGAAAAGUAAUGAAUGUCUGUUGAAAGUGUGUGUGUGUGUGUGUGUGUGAGUGUGUGUGUGUUUCUUUAUCACCUCAUUCUAGUGUUUUAAGUUGCUACAGAAUACAGUGAUGAUGUAAUGCAGGUAUACUAGACAUUAAAAUAUUUAUACAGUAAGAAAGAAACAUUUUAAUAACAAAGACGACGGAUUUGUGA